UUCCCCUGCAGUCGCGGCGCCCAGGAGAGGAGGAGCAGCAGGAGGGCAGGGCGACGCCCAGACUAGAGCCCCCUCGCCUCGCUCGCCUCAAGGAGGCCAAAUCCAGCACAAAUUCUGGGAAAACCUGUUGGCUGUGCUUUUAGCAUCAACUGUUCGAUAACAGAAUGGGGAUCUCUACAAAAGGCUUGCUUCUUCUUCAUUUGUAACCUUUUGUAUAUUUUCAAAGGCAGUGGAAACUGUGGGAUAAAAAAGGAAAACAAAACUGUACAUGUACAAGAAGAACAAGCAAAACUGAAAAGGCUAACACUGGAAAAGUGGAAAGGGAGAAGGGAGAGGUAUCUGCUGCACCAAAAUUGUUCCCAUAGCUCUCUUUGGGGCUCUGAAAUCAACAGGUUUGCUGGAGAAGAAUUACCGUGGUGAAGCAGUUUCAGAAUCAAAUAAGCCUGUUUUCUUCUUACUUACGGCAGCUUUUUACUGGUCUAGAAAUCAGUCUCAGAACGCAUCAUUUUGCUGGCUUUCUGCCUUUGUGCCAUAUACUGAAGACUUGUUCUCAGAACACUAGGUGAAAUUCAAAAAUCUCAGGAUGUCGCAGGACCAAGACAUGCCAGGUACAAGUGAGGGAAAAUCAGACAAGUUGGAGGAUAACCAGCAGGAGAGUUUGGACAAUUCAGAACAGUCAGUCAGGAAGAAGAUUCGACAAAAUACACCAAAUCCCAGCAUAGAUAAUACACCAGAGGCAGCUAGCCCCCCACAGUUUGUGUCAGUGGAGGAACUGAUGGAAACAGCAAAAGGUGUCACUAACAUGGUGCUAGCCCAUGAGAUUGUUGUCAAUGGAGGCUUCCAGAUUAAGCCAUCUGAUUUGCCAGAAAACAGCCUUGAAAAACGAGUGAGAGAUAUUGUCCGCAAAGCCUUCUGGGAUUGUUUGGAAACACAGUUAAAAGAAGACCCACCAUCAUAUGAUCAUGCAAUUAAACUUGUGGGAGAAAUCAAAGAGACACUCCUGUCUUUUUUGCUGCCUGGCCAUACUAGAUUAAGAAAUCAGAUUAUGGAAGCUCUAGAUCUAGAGCUGAUCAAGCAGGAGGCUGAGAAUGGUGCACUUGACAUUUCUAAACUGGUAGAAUUCAUCAUUGGGAUGAUGGGAACGCUCUGCGCUCCAGCCAGAGAUGAGGAAAUUAAGAAACUGAAAGACAUUCGUGAAAUUGUUCCCUUGUUCAGAGCAAUUUUCUCUGUGUUGGACUUGAUGAAAAUGGACAUGGCUAACUUUGCUGUCAGUAGCAUUAGGCCUCAUUUAAUGCAGCAAUCAGUUGAAUAUGAAAGGAAGAAGUUUCAAGAACUGUAUGAAAAACAGCCAAAUUCCUUAGAUUUUGUCACUGUAUGGCUGCAAGAAGCUGCAGAUGACUUGAGAUCCAAAGCUGCUCUUGCUGUGGAUGACAGUGCUACAUCUACCAGUGGAGCUGUUGUGUUGUGCCCUGUUGCUAUACAGAACUGUGCAUACCUUAAACUACUCAAGUGGAAUCAUCUACAGAAGCCAUUUCCAGAGACUGUGCUAAUGGACCAAAGCCGCUUCCAGGAAAUGCAGUUGGAACUGGACCAGCUUAUUUUAAUUGGCGCUAUCCUUUUGGUAACAUUAAAUGCUGCUGGCCCUGCUCUUUCAGGGUUGUCAGACUUCCCUGACAAGCUCAAAAUGGUUAUCCGGGUACUGUUGACAGGGCUACACCUUCCCUCCUUCAACUUGUAUGAAGCUUUGGCUGUCAUAAGUGAGAAGAUUUGUGCUGAAGUUAAUAGUACCCUUUCCCAACAUGGAUACACACCUUUUACACUGGAGAAAGAGACUGCACUUAAAGGACAGGUUCAGGCUCUGGCCAAUCCUAAUAACACCGUAUGCAAACUAAUAGAUUCAAGGAUCCAAUCAUUUUUGGAGAGUUAUCUUGCUUCUGGCCAUCAGCAAUCCUUUCCUGCAGUUCCUGGUGGAUUAGGCCCUGUUCAGAAAGAGCUGGAGGAAAUUGCUGUCAAAUACGUCCGCCUUGUCAACUACAACAAGAUGGUCUUCAGUCCUUACUAUGAUGCAGUUCUCAACAAAAUACUGCAUAAAGAAGAAUCACUUUAACUGUGCAAAAAAAAAAAAAACCCUGAAAAAUAUGGAACUGAAUACUUUUGUACAAUGAAGCAAUAGGGCUUCAAUCCAGAGUAGGGUAGUAGAAGGAUACAUACCCACUUCAAUGCUUGUGUUUGUCAAAAUUAUCAGGGCUGCAAAGCCGAAAAAAACCCUUCGUUAUCUCUGUUAGAUCUUGUGCAUCUCCACAUUCAGACCUGUCCCCUGCUUUUCCCCUCCUGCCCACAGCACAGAUUUGUGCUAAAGUUUAGAAAAGUCUGAGUGAAACAUGAGAUAGGACAGAUAAAUUUAGACACUUUGGGGGUAAGGAGCAGGUGAGAGUGACAGGAAUUGUAUUGACUUCCUCAACCCCCACCCAAUGCUAAGAGGACUUUAUUCAGGACCCCCUGACAAUGUUAGGCUGCUGUUGGAAUGGUGCUGAUGGCAUCACACAGCCAUCCCUGUUUCUUCUGGUCACCUGAGUAGAGAGUGGUCGGGGAAGAGUUCCUCCCAUCUGUCUCCUUGUGCAGUGGUCUGGUUUUUGUGCCACAUUGGGUCCAAUUGGGAAGAGAUAUCUGUGCUUGAAAUUUUUACUGGAUCAAGAUGGUUUAACUUCUCUGUAGUAAAAAAAAAAAACCUUUGGAAAAUAGCUUUGAAAAAUCAAACAUUUCAGUAAUUUAAUAGCAGUGACUGAAUGCAAAAUGGAUACUCCAAUGAUGUACAAAAAUACAUGAAAAUAUUCUAGUUUCUUCUCUAACUCAAAGCAAGAGCUAGUGAUGUGUUUCUCUUUGAAACAUGGCCACCUGUAAAAGAAUUAUAGCUGGUGAAACCAUUCUGUUAGCCUGUACUUUGAUACGAAAGAGAUUAGCAAACUUCUCUUUCUGUGCUAAGUUAUAUGGUUUGCACCUGUCUUAGCAACUGUAACGGUAACUUACAUACUCAAAACCUGGAUACUGGUAGAUAACGCACUUUAUGUGUAGCCUGCAAGCCAAUGCUUUUAGUCUUUCUGCCAACCAUGGCUUUUCCUAUAGUCUUGUUUCUGUACCCUACAGAUAUUCUACCAAAAACAUAUAUAAACUAUAUUUUUGUAGAGU